UCAUUUGGUUUGGACUGAGACCAACAGGACAGGGUAUAGUUAAAUUGCAAGAAGCAGCCCCUACGGGAAUAAAACCGACAAAUCGUUAAACCUCGGAGCCAGAUAUUCAGAGCGGGUCCCACCGAUGAUGGAUACUGGCGGAGGAGGCGGAGCAUCGUCACCGACAGCCACCAUGUCGCGGUGGAAGUUUGCGGCGUGGCGGCAGUUCCAGCACCUGCUGGAUAAAUCGACGCCGCACGUGGGACGCCGGUGGCUGGGGUUCGCGGCGGUUGCGCUUUUGUACGCGCUGCGCGUGUACUUGGUGCAAGGCUUCUACGUCGUUUCGUACGGCCUCGGCAUAUACAUCCUCAACCUUCUGAUAGGGUUCCUCUCCCCUCAGGUGGACCCCGAGACCGUGAUUCUCGACGCCGACGUCCCCACCCUCCCCUCCACCGCUUCCGACGAAUUUCGUCCCUUCGUUCGCCGCCUCCCCGAGUUCAAGUUCUGGUACUCAAUCACGAAGGCAUUUUGCAUUGCUUUUGUGAUGACUUUCUUUAGUGCGUUUGAUGUUCCUGUGUUCUGGCCAAUACUCCUCUUCUACUGGGUGGUCCUAUUCUCACUUACAAUGAGGAGACAGAUAUCUCACAUGAUUAAAUACAAAUAUUUACCGUUUUCAUCUGGAAAACAGCGCUAUGAUGUAAAGAGAGCACCACCAGAAAUCACAAGCCUUUCAGAGGACUGAAAUUUUCAGAUGGAGCAAUCUGAGGAUUUGAUGGAAGUUGAAGAAAGUUGCUUUUGAGGUCUUGUAUGGACAACGGGAUGUCUGAUUUCCAUUUGAGAAAUUGUUUAGACUUUGGGCGUCUUGGAUGUUCUUACGCCCUAGUAAAAGAUUCAGUUUAGGGAGAUAUAAUUGGAGUUUCUAAGGGCUCUUUCUUUUACUCCUUUACUUUCUAUUUCUUUCUAUAUAGGUGGGCUAAUGGCUCUUGUUCUUGAAUUAGUACUAGUAGUCAAAUAACGAGAAUUUUAGAUAGCUAGCUUGUGUAGAAUGAAAUCUUUUUCAUUUCUUACAAUGAAGUUAUACCGAUCUAUUUUUUUUA